CUUAUACACGUGGCCGGCACUUACGAUAUAUCCAGAUGAUUGGAAAGAUAUUCUACUGGUUUAUUGUUGAUUCACAUAUUCCUUAGCACAGGUCUGAAACUAUCCAAUCGUUCAUCAUGCCUGCUGAAGCACCACCAAUCCUCGACUUCUCCGUCUUCUAUGGCGAUGACGAAGCCGCAAAAUUAGAGCUCACAGCAGCAGUCAAGAAGUGCUGUCUACACAAUGGCUUCUUCCAAAUUAUUGGUCACAGAGUACCUUUAGAACUACAAGAAAAAGUACUCGAAUGGGUGAAGAACUUCUUCGCACAGCCUCAAGAAGAGAAGGACAGAGUUCACAAAGACUCCAACACUUGGAAUCGUGGAUACGAACGCAUUGGAUCACAAAUACUAGAGCUGGGAACCAACCCAGAUCUCAAGGAAGGCUACUUCAUAGGGGAGGAGAUAUCUACCGACCACCCAUACUUUCUGGGCAGAAAGUUGAACAGUGGACCGAAUGUCUGGCCUGAGACUAUGCUCGAGGUUGACGAUUUCCGUGCGACGUCCAUGGAGUACUACAGUCAGAUGCAUGCAUUGGCAAGAGAUGUACUGGCUGUCAUUGCUCAGACACUUGAUCUCAAGGACGACUAUUUCAGAGAGUUCACCACUGGCGCCGUUGCGACACUCCGUUACCUUCAUUAUCCUCCACAACCCGCAGAUUCUGACGAGAAGCUGGCAAGAGGUAUCGGAGCCCACACUGAUUUCGGAUCGGUCACUUUGCUUAUGCAAGGAGAUGUUGAUGGCUUGCAGGUGUACGAUAAAGAGCACAACGAAUGGCUCGAUGUUGUCCCCGUCAAGGGUGCUUACGUGGUCAAUCUGGGUAACAUGUUCAUGCGAUGGGCCAAUGACAGAUACAUAUCCAACCUCCACCGCGUUAUCAACAAGUCAGGCAAGGAGCGCUACUCGGUACCAUUCUUCUACAGCGGCAAUCCAGACUACGUCAUUGACUGUCUACCAAACUGCCGAGAGGAAGGACAGGCACCAAAGUACCCUCCGACUACUGUGAUGGAUUGUGUUGGUGGUAGCUACAAGGCUAGUUAUGGUGCUGCGAAGGUGUUCAAGGAGCAGCCAAAGACAGCUUUAGAGACCAUGAACAUUGUAUCAAGCUUCUCUUCAUACAUCUACUAUUACACCAUUCAAGCCCAACUCAUACAUACCAAGAUGGACUACGAAAAGAAGAAUGUCUCCUCCUCAGCAGGGGAGAACAUGUCUCCUGAGACAGAGAUUGGUACCGUGGUCGACAUUGGCGAUGAGCGCACUCGCGAGUUCUAUGGCAGCUCCAUCUCGGACAGCUACCGCAUGAAGUCGGAGAUUGUCAACCAGUGCAUGGAAGAGAUUGGUAUGGGAAGAUAUCAAUGGGAACUCUUCGUCGUCAGUGGGUUCGGCUGGAUCACAGACAACUUCUGGUCGCAAGGCAUCGGUUCUAUUCAACCAUCCGUAGCACUCGAGUUUACUGGUGUAACAAACAUUACUCUCAGCUCAGUCGCCUACUACGCUGGCUUAAUCUUUGGUGCUUUCUUCUGGGGCACAAGCGCUGAUCUCAUCGGAAGAAAGCCAGCUUUCAACGCGACGUUGAUCAUUGGAGGUCUGUUUGGCACUGCUGUAGCCGGCCUGAAUAACUUUACUGCUUUCUGUAUCUUCUGGACAAUCAUUGGCACGGCAGCUGGUGGCAAUGUGCCUGUCGACUCGAUGAUCUUUCUCGAGUUUGUACCUGGCUCGCACCAGUAUCUGCUUACUGCUCUCAGUAGUUGGUGGAUGCUUGGGCAGGUCAUUGUGUCGUUGCUCUCUUGGGUCUUCCUGGCAAAUUUCUCUUGCCCGACCGACUCCACCCCUGCGACUUGCAAAAGGAGUGAUAACAUGGGAUGGCGCUACACAAUGAUCACCCUGGGAGCAAUGACCCUUGUAUUCGCCUUCGUCCGUAUCGCCAUCUUCAAGAUGCCCGAAUCUCCUCGCUACCUCAUCUCCAAAGGACGAGAUGCCGAAGCGGUUGACGCCGUCAACUACAUCGCCCGCCGGAACAAGAAGCCUGAACCACUCACUCUCGAGAUGCUCCAAGAAGUCGACAGAGUCACGGGCGGGGAGAUCAAAGCCGGAGCAACAACCAAGCUCACACGCAGCGCCAUCAUCAAGGAGAAUCUCAAAGACUUCAAGUCCAUCAACUAUAAGAACCUGUUUGCCAAUGCUCAGUUGGCUCGGCAUACUAGUAUCAUCUGGUUGAUCUGGUUGACCAUUGGCAUCGCUUAUCCGCUGUAUUUCAAUUUCAUUCCCACCUACCUCGCAAAAAGGUUUACCACGAACUCUUCGCUCUCGCUCACAUACCGCAACUACUGCAUCCAAUCCAUCGUCUCAGUUUUCGGACCUCUGAGCGCUGCAGUACUCGUCAACACUCGUCUCGGGCGACGCUGGAUGUUAGGAGCCUCAGCAAUCGUCUCUGGUAUCUUCCUCUUCGCGUACACUGCUGCGAAUAACAAAGCAGGAGAUCUCGCGUUCUCUUGUAUCACCGGCCUUUUCGGAAACUUUAGUAAGUGCGCCUUGUAUCACUUGGUCGUAGCAUACGCCAUCAUGUAUGCUUUUACACCCGAGUCUUUCCCUGCUCCCCACAGAGGUACUGCGACUGGAACAGCUGCAACUUUGCUUCGACUUGGUGGUAUCUGUGCGUCCUUGAUUGGCACAUACACGAACUUCAGUGUUGCUCCCAUCUACGUUAGUGCUAGCCUGUGGAUCGUUGUGGGAAUAAUUUCUUUUGCGCUGCCGUUUGAAACUCACGGCCGUGCUGCUAUUUGA